CACCUAAAUUCUCGACCCGUUAAUCAUUGUGCACACCACUUAUUAAGCGUAUGCACGGCGUGUUUGUGAUUAAUCUUUGGUGUUACAGUGUAUUGUGUGACGAGGAUACCACGUUAAGGUUAUAAUAGAGAAAUAAAGCAAAGAGCCCUCAUAAAAUAAGGCAUUUCAGCUUGAAAUAAGCUCACUGAAAAAUGAAGGCCACAACGCAACAGUAACGUCAUGACGUAGGCAACAUCAAACUCCUGAAUAUUACCAUUAACUAUUAGUAAACAGGUUAUUGGUGGAAAUUUACACAGAGCAGCAACUCACUAAGCGAAGAGAAAGAACACAAACGCAGUAACAUGUCCUUCUUCUGGCGGAAAUGUCAGGUGUUGAUGUGGAAGAAUGUGAUCGUGAGGAAGCGUCACUGGUUCCUCACCCUGAUCGAGCUUGUGUUCCCAAUCCUGCUGUUCUGGCUGGUGGCAUGGAUGAGGCAAAACUCUGUCUUCGGACAGCAGGCCAGCGAGGUACCCACGACGGUGAAUCCUCUUUUGAACGAGAACACCGUGAGAGAUUACAGUUUCAUCCAUCACGAUGUAGUAAACUUUGCGUACACUCCCGACACACCGUUCACUCGAAAAGUCAUCACGGAACUGAACAAAACAUUGAUCUACUAUCUGAAGGAUAAAAGCAAACUGGAAUCUUUCGACGUCGUUGAAUCAGAAUACAAGCUAGAAGAGUUUUUCCACCUCAAGUAUGAAAAUGUGUCUACGUUCACCAACUACAUUGGAUACGGAAUAGUUUUUGAAAAUGUCGGAAAUGGUUCUGAAAUUCCAAAGGAUUUUAAGUACAAAAUCCGUAGCACUAUUCCGAAAUGGGACACAAAAGAUUUGUUUCCCCAGUUCUUACCUGCUGGGCCUACCGAUCAAGGAGACAGUUACCUGUACAAAGGGUUCCUAGCUGUGCAGAUGGCCGUUGAUAAUGCAUACAUUAAAGUGGCCAGUGAAUCAGUCUCAUCUAAAUAUGAAACAUCGAUUCGAAAGUUUCCAUUUCCAAAGUACACAGUGGACAUCUUCAAUGAGCUGUUCAAAUCUUUCAUGCCGUUCUUCACGAUGCUGAGUUUUGCCACCAUUAGUAUUUCCGUCUUGAAAAAAGUGGUUGAAGAAAAAUCAUCUGGAGUUUCGGAGCUGAUGAAGAUGAUGGGACUACAGACAUGGAUGGUGUGGGCUGGCUGGGUGUUGAACGGUCUCAUGGUGUACAUUAUCAGCUGUAGUGUCAUCACCUUCCUGCUGUGCCACGGGUUCGAUCCCGACAAAGGACCAGUGAUCGCCCACACAGACUUCACUGUUGUCUUUGUACUAUUCUUGUUGUUCUGUUUGGCAAGCAUCUGUUUCUGCUUUGCAAUCAGCUCUUUCUUCCUGAAACCGACGCUCGCCAUGAGUGUAGGCAUGGCUGUGUGGGUCGUGUCUUUCGGAGGAUUACAACAGCAUGUGUCCAGGCCCGGGAUGCCCUUUAUACUGCAACUGCUCCUUCAGCUGAUCCCCACACUCAACAUGUCCUCGGGCUACAUAGUCAUCGCUGCGUUUGAGAGUAGAGGAGCCAAGAUCAGCUGGCUGAGUCUGUUGUCGGAUGCUACGGGAGGUAACGGGCAAUCCUUGGGCCUAGUGAUGGUCAUGUUUAUAGUACAGAUGUGUCUCUACAUGUUUGUGACUUGGUACGUGACGUCAAUCCGGCCAGGUCCUUACGGAAGAGCUCGGCCGUGGUAUUUCAUCUUUCAGUGUAUGUCUACACCGAACAAGAGGGUCCGAGAUAAAAUCUUGCAUAACGACGACGAUGACGACGAGCAUUACGAACCUGCGCCUAAGGACAUGAAGAUUGGGCUGCGGAUUCAGGAUCUGCGCAAAGAGUUUGGAUCUGUUGUGGCCGUGGACAAGGUUAACCUGGACAUUUACGAAGGUCAGAUCACAGCUCUUUUGGGCCACAACGGCGCUGGUAAAACUACCACCAUGUCAAUGCUUACAGGCAUGUUCUCUCCCACUGCUGGAGCUGUUUAUGCCAAAGAUUACAACAUCUUUGAGAACAUGGACAGAUUCCGCAACAGUCUAGGAUUGUGUCCACAGCAUGACUUGCUGUUCCCCUACUUCACCGUUAUGGAACACUUGGUCUUCUUCGGAAUGUUGAAAGGCAUGGGUCCCACUCUGGCUGGACAGGAGGGUGAGAAGCUUCUGCAACUGCUGAGGAUCAUGGACAAGAAGAAUGUUCUUGCUGAUAAACUGUCCGGAGGGAUGAAGAGAAAACUCUCCCUGGCUAUCUCUCUUAUGGGAAGUCCUCAGGUGCUAGUUUUGGAUGAGCCGACAUCAGGAAUGGACCCUGAAUCCAGAAGAGAAAUGUGGGACCUACUUUUGAAACUACGAGGGGAACGCACAGUUUUGAUCACGACACAUUUCAUGGAGGAAGCUGACGUGUUGGGGGAUAGAAUAGCCAUUAUGGACCACGGCAGAGUGAAAUGUUACGGAACCACACUGUUCCUUAAGCGAAUUUAUGGUACUGGAUACCACCUUACUGUGAUGAAAUCGCCGCAAAGCCCAGUAGAUCCAAUAACUCAAACAAUCAAGUCCAAGGUCGUGAUUGCUGAGGUGAAAAACAUCCACCCGACACAGGUGACGUAUUCGGUGCCUCAAGAGUAUGCCUCAAAUUUGCCAGGAAUGUUCGCCGCUCUUGAAGCUCGGAAAGUGGAAAUGGGAAUUGAUGGGAUGGGAAUUUCGUGUACAACUAUGGAAGAGGUGUUCCUCAAGGUGGGACAACUGGCUCGAGAAGAGAAGAUGGAUUUUGAUAAAUCAAGUAGAAACUCAAAGGAAAACACAAUGGUUCGAAACAACAGCCAAGAAGCUCUGGAAUACAAGAGGCUACGAGGUGUUCCUUUAUUCUGUCAACAGUUCAAGAGUUUGUUCCACAAGAGAAUGUUGUUUACCACCCGAAGACCAGUGACGUCUAUUGUAUUUUUCCUGCUGCCGUUGUUGAUGACCUGGAUGACAGUGAAGAACGGACUGAUGGACGUAAUGCAGUCCAACAGGGACCCUCCGUUGACUAUGAACUUGGGAACUUACGGACGGACAGACUCGUACGUUAGUGGACCCUACCAAUACCAGGACGUUUACAAGAUGUUGGUCAAAGGACAGGAGGGAACUGCUAUGUCUGUGGAGGAUGAUAUGAUUGGUGCUCUGCUGCAACAAGGUGAGAAGAAUGUGGCCAGAUACAAGACCAAGGUGAUUGUCGCAGCAGAUUUCAACACGAGUGCCAACACGGCAACCGCGUUGUACAACGGUAUUGCUUUCCACUCAUCACCCAUCGCUGUCAAUCUGAUAUCCAAUACGUUGCUGCGGGCCAGCAGUAACACGGCUAACAACACUAUCACCACCACCAAUCAUCCACUGGACAUCAAGAACUUUGUGGGCGCGUGCAGUCAACUCAACGACAUAUCGCUGUGGAUGUCAGCAUUCAUGUGGCUCAUUCUGGUACCGAUGGGCAUCAAGGGGUUCGUGAUGGACUUCAUCCACUUCCCUCACUUUGAGAGGGUCAACAAUGCCAAGCAGUUGCAGCUGAUGACAGGAGUGAUGCCGGUUACUUACUGGGCAGCGUGUUUCUCCUGGGACUACAUCAUCUACUGUCUGUCCGGCUGUACCAUGUUCUUCAUCAUCUGGGCGAUGGACUCGGCCGAGCUGUUCACCGAGGCUAGAGAUUACGGUGUGUUUUCCCUGAUCUUGUUGACUUAUGGAGUUAGUGCAACGAUGUGUGCUUACGUUUACAGCUUCAUCGGCAAAUCAGCCACAACUGCUGCGUCUGUAUUCACCCUGCUCACACUAUUCACAGGUAUGAUUGCUCCAAUGGUGAUGCACUUUAUGCUGCGACUGUCGGAUAGUGAAGGCACUUUUGUGUCGUCUGCUUUAAUCGUGCCUUUGGACUACUUGUUGAGUCUCGACCCAACGUACGCCUUCGGCAGCGCCAUCAUGAACUUUGCCUACAUCUUGUCUGAGGACAGCGCCUGUAGCCAGUGCGACAACAAGGAACUCAAGGCCGCCAUGUGCACUGAAAAAUCGUACCUGUCAUUUCCUACUAAUGAGAAUCCCAACGGUCUACUGCAGUACGUCAUCUUCCUCGCUUUUGAUUGGAUGCUCUACAUGGGUAUCCUCCUGCUCAUAGAAUACGGCUACAUGAGCCGUGCUUUUCACUGGCUAAAGGUCCAAUGGGUCGGCAAAGAUUUUGACAAACUGCUUUCGGAAGAUUCGGAUGUGAGAGACGAAAGAGACAGGGUCGAUGCUGUUAGAAUCAAAAAUGAUGUAAAAAUGAACGUAAUUUCAACUUCACAUGAUGUGCCAGAUUUUGCAUAUAUGAAGGAAAAACUCAGUAAAAAACUGGGUAUAAACAGAUCAGUUGAGGAACAAAGAAAUAACAAAGAGAAAGUCAAAAAAGGAGGAGAUGACAGCGUCAUGCUGGUUGUAGAUGGUUUGGCCAAGAAGUUCAGCCGAUCGUUCGCUGCCGUGCAGGGAGUCAGUUUCCGAGUAUCCGCAGGAGAGUGUUUCGGUCUGUUAGGAGUUAACGGAGCUGGUAAAACCACCACUUUCCGUAUGCUAACAGGAGAUGAGAAUCCGACAGCCGGCAACGCAAGGAUACAGCAUUAUGACCUUGUCAGGAAUAGAAGCAAAUACCUGUCGCAAAUUGGCUACUGUCCGCAGUAUGAUGGAAUCAACACAUUCCUAACAGGCGAGGAAAUGUUACGAUUAUUUGCAAACUUACGAGGCAUCCCUGAGGCUCAGAUUCAACCUCAGAUUAACGACUGGAUCUCACUACUCGGCCUAGAUGAAUACCGUCACCGACGUAGCAAGAACUACAGCGGAGGAAACAAGCGUAAGCUGAGCACAGCUAUGGCUCUGAUCGGAGACCCUCCCGUAGUGUUUCUGGACGAGCCGACCACAGGGGUCGACCCAGUGGCAAGACGCAACCUGUGGGACGUUCUGGGACGUUGUCAGAAGAGUGGUCAGGCCAUCAUUCUGACCAGUCACAGCAUGGAGGAGUGUGAAGCACUCUGCACUAGGCUGACUAUCAUGGUGCGAGGUCGGAUGAAGUGCAUUGGCAGUAACCAGUACUUGAAGCAGCGCUACGGCCAAGGUUAUACAAUCAUGAUCAAGCUGCACACACUACCUGCGCAGGACAAUCUGCUGCAGCAUCUCAAGAUGAGUGUGGAGAGGGCGUUCACGUUCAAUUGUACACUCAAGGAUGAACACAAGAGUUUACUACACUACCAGAUGACAGACACAAACAUGCCUCUGUCUCAGAUAUUCAGUGAGAUGGAAGAACUAAAGAAGGUACAUUCCAUUGUGGAAGAUUACACGGUGGGUGACACGACGUUGGAACAGGUGUUCAUCUCAUUCGCUCGGCAGGGUGACAGUUAGUCUGCACCAACUUGCACAAAUACCCGUCAACUCGCUUCAGUUCGUCUGAGAAUGGCUGUGAUAGGAGCCUUGGUGAGGCUUCCUAGGAUAGUUUCAGGAUGAGAUUAUUUCUUUUCACUCAGAUUUUCUGCUAAAGUUCGUUAUUCUUUCAAAGCCAAUAUCUUAAGAAACUUCAGUCGUAUCGAGCAGUUAAUUACAAGCAAAUAACAGCUGCUUGUGUGGAGGAGUUUUGUUGGAGAAAUGUUUUACAAUAUUUGUUUGUAGUUUCUAAAAGAUACAGAAUUUGUUGACAAUGAUUUUAGAGGCAUAGGAUAGUGUUCGGCUGAGACAAUUUCUAUUAAUUCAGACAAUUUUCUACAAGUUUUUUUUCCAUAAAGCAGUUUUGUUGUUAACAGUUUGUUUUUAAAAAACUUAUAGUUUCUUAGUGUUACAGAACUGAUUGAAAAUGUUGGUAAAGGUUAAAGUAAAAUGUUUAAGACUUGUAAAAAAGUGGACCAUAAAAUGAUAUAACAUCACAUUCUACGGGUGUUACCUGCGUGUUUACAUAGCACUUCUUGUUUUUGAGUUUGUAUGUUUAACCGUGUUAAACUUUAAUGUAAAAUUGCUAAAGAUGUAUUAAAGAAAAUAUUUUCUUAUGCCAGUUAUUUUUGUGGUCGUUAAAGUACUUAAAGGUUUAAGAGAGUCUGAUAUUGAUAAUCUAGAGAUUGUAGAAGUUUGGAAUAGUCAAAUACAUGGUUGUGUCCUUUUGCACUCCUGGAUUAUAAACUGAAUAUAUAUAUACGAUAGAAGGAAAUAUUUAUAAAAAUCCCUUCUUAUAAAGUUGGGAUUAUCCACUACAUAAAACAUAACUUUUUUUGUAAGAGUUUUGUAUAAGAUUGAAGAAGUUUAAAAUAGGCACAAUAAUGUUUUGUGUCCUGUUGCACGACUGGAAUAUAAACUUAAAGUUAUGAAUAAUAGAAGGAAUGAAGGAAGUAUUGAUGAAAAUCACCUCUUAUAAAAUUUGAGGAAAGUUGGACCUAACUUGGUUUUUUUCAAGAGUUAAGUUUAAAAUUCAUGGUUGAAAAUAUUCAGCAAAGUUAAGUUGUCACACAGUUGCAACCUAAGUUAAAAAUGAUUUUAUAAAGAUGUAUUUUAUUCGUACUAUCUACUCAGUAAUUUAACCAUCUCGUAGGUUAGUUUCAGGCUUUAUUUGUUUCAUGCCGUGACUACCUAUAUUUGUGGCAGCUGUUUUUUUUUUUUUUUUUUUUAAUUACUGAGAGAUUGGGUUGUAUAUAAAUAAAUUCAUGGUAUUUAUUAGAAGAUGUAUAAUUGUAUAAAUACAGAACAAUUAAGUUCUUAAUUAGCUUUGCCAAAGAGAAUCUUUAUGUUAAUUCAUUGAUGCAUUAGGGUAGAAAUACACAUACAGCGACUGGGAGCGGAGCGGAGCGGGGCGAUCUAGAGCGACAAAAUCAAACCUAUACAAUCAAGUAGUAAUGAGCACACAAACCGCUGUUGCGAGCGUAGCGGUUAACUUUGGUACAAUCUCGUUUGUAUUUCUAGCAUUUAGGAGCGGAGCGGGCAACGAUCUUGUGGACAUUUUUUGUUCCACUUACGCCAAUUGGCUGAUCUGUACGCCCAUUCUACAGGAAACGGAAACUACCCAGAGCGUUUUGAAACCUUCUUGAACCUUCGAAACUUUUUUUUUUAAGAAUGUAUUCAAAGGUCGAGGUACACAUGUAUUGCAUAAAUCAGGAACUCAAAACAAAUGUACCUUCCUUUCUCCAUUCACUCCAUGCAACUACUAUCAGUUUGAAGCAUGCAAAAUUAAUGUUUUUAGCCAAGUGUUUUGCUGUGCUGCAAAUUGCGUGCAAACUUACUAUGUGAUAUCUUGGAAAUGAUUGAGCUCUCGUUCGUGUUGCUCUCAAUAGUCGCUGCAUGUCGCACCGCUACAGCUCGCUCUAAAUCACGCCACGCCCGCUCCUCUCCCAAUCCCCGUAUGUGUGUUCCUACCCUAAGACAGCUAAAUGUUUCUUAAGUGUUGGUAAGUGUAUUGUUGUGUUGUUCUUAUUCAGACCUAAAAUAAAACCACACAAUCAUCAUUUUACACAAAUGUUACUGCUACUUAACUAUUUUAUUACUUUAGUUUUUACUACAAAUAAUUCAAUGAAAGUGCCUUCUAAUUUUUGUUGGGUACUCCAUGAUAUACACACACAAUAUGAUAACACACACUAAGAGUUUAAAGAUCUGCAUAAUAUCUCAUUUAUUUGAACUAGCUUUAAUUUUUUAAUGGUUUAGACAUACUACGGCAAAGUAUUAUUUUACUUUUAUUUAUUGUUAAAUAAAUAUUAAUAUAUAACCUUUAAUCUUUGGUUAACUUAUCCUUAAAAUAUAAAAUACAUUGUUAGAAAACGAGAGAUCCCCUUAUACUACUUGGAUAUGUGAUAAUUAAAUCUCAUUAGGGAGCAAAUAUUUUUCCCUUAAUUGGGAAUGUUAUUUUUAUCGUUAAAAAUACUUCCUUCUGUAUUUUGUUUAUUCCUAUACUAAACCUAAAAAAUAAUAAAUAAAAUGCUGUGUUAUGGGUUUCUAGUCUACAACUACACCAGACUGAAGUAUUAUUUGAAGAUUUUUCAAUAUUAUUUUCUAUAUAAAAAACAAAAACAAUAAAAACAUGUACGGUAUUUUGGUUUUAAGUCUUAAAAUGUGUUAUGAAUAUUCCCCCAUGAAUAUAUGGGUUUUUAUAAAAGGGUUUAAGGAUAAGUUAAAUUAAUUGUUAUAAAAUAGAGAAACUUGUUUUAUGGGAGUAGUUAAACUGUUUUUAUCUUGUAUGUACGUUUUUGCUAUAUUUGUGUCAGUGUGUUUAAUAAUUAAUUGCUAAUACAUCCACUAUUAUAAACUUUAUGUUGUAACACUAUAAAAUAAACAUCGUCAUUUAUUUUC